AUGUGUACGAACUUCUCAAACAACUACUAUCCAUCAACGCCAUGCACGCCUGAACUGAUUCAACGACCACUCUCGCCUGGAUUCAAUCAUCUCCACAUCGACGGGCUACGUUUAUCGCAAACAGAACCAGCCAUAUCCAGAGUCUCUCACCACCAUCACUCUGGCGAUAUGUUCCAACCAGCGAAAAUCCAAACAGAACCAUCAACCACUGAACUAAGUCAUACACUGGAAUUCAUUAUACUUGCCGUACAAAGACAAGCAUUCGGUGACGAACUUAUGCAGCUCCGUGAUCCUACUCACAAAGGCGCCAGCAAGUUACGUGUUUUGAAUCUCUUUGUUGACAACCGUGGAAUCCUUCGAGUUGGCGGUCGUCUGGUUCACGCUGAUCUUCCGUAUGAGCAGAAGCACCCGAUUCUUCUGCCAAGGACACAUCGAUUUACUCACUUGCUAAUUGACGACACCCACCUUCAACACAAGCACCCGGGAGCUACGACACUGCAAUCCAUCAUCCAGCAACAGUAUUGGAUUGUAGGUAGUCGCCAAGUUAUUAAAUCUCGUUUACGUCUCUGUAUUGCCUGUUAUCGAAUUCGUCCUCAAGGAGUCCAGCCUGUAAUGGGAAAUUUGCCAAAAUUCCGUUUACAGCAAGUAAAGCCAUUCACCGCAGUCAGGGUUGACUACGCUGGUCCAAUCAUGUUAAAACCGUCAACAACACGCAGCACUAUACCAUGCCAAGUAUGCAUAUGCCUUUUCGUCUGCAUGGCAACAAAAGCGCUACAUCUUGAACUCGCCUCAGACUUGUCCACUGAGACUUUUCUGAUGGCCUUUAGUCGUUUUAUUUCACGCCGAGGCCCAAUCCAACAGAUGCACAGUGAUUGUGGAACCAACUUUGUAGGUGCCUCCAAGUUGUUUGAAACAGUCUAUAAAUUCACAAAUAAAUAA